UCUCAGAAGAAGUCUCAGCUUUCUUUAAAUCAAACCGAUCAAAAACACAGUUUCCCAACACCAUGGCCUGCUGUGUUGCCCGAUGCUGCAGCGUCCCCACCGGCCCCGCCACCACCAUCUGCUCCUCUGACAAAUUCUGCCGGUGUGGAGUCUGCCUGCCCAGCACCUGCCCCCACACGACUUGGCUAUUGGAGCCAAUCUGCUGUGACAACUGCCCCCCACCCUGCCACAUCCCUAAGCCCUGUGUGCCCACCUGCUUCCUGCUCAACUCCUCCCAGCCCACCCCUGGCCUGGAGACCCUCAAUCUCACAACCUACGUUCAGCCCGGCUGCGGCAGCGAGCCCUGCAUCCCAAGAUGCUGCUGAGUGAUGACUGCUUUGCUCGGAGCCUGACGUGGAACGAGUCAACCCAGAAGCUCUAGUAUUCACCUGUCUCGGUACCUGCAACAAAUGUGGCUCCACUUUCAAUGUUGGAACAAGGAUGGCGCUGUCAUUGACAACCUCCAUAAAAAAGAAACCAAGAGAUUUUCAACGGCCACGGAUCAGAGAUCAGUAAACUAGGGCAAUUGGAAUAGGUGGAUGCUCAUAGACUUGCCAAAGUUGCUUGAUUCCUUCAUAUGAAAGUGUAUCUUUCUUUGGGUGCUUUGGGAAUUCUUUUUCCAGUCUUGAAUGGUAUCUUCCUGGAAAUUGAGGAACUUCAUGAUUAUCCUAAUAAAUUUUACAUCUCUGGCAUAGCA